CACGAGAUUAAACGAGAGCUGCAGACAGUUUGAGUGCUUAGAUGUUCAUCAUGAGAGAGCAGGUGGAUGUGAUCUGCUGUAAAUCAGUAGGAACUGAUCUGUCCAUGCUGGAUAUUGAUGAUUUCAUCACAGAAAUCUCUCAGCUGAAGAAAGAGGUGACGUCACUGAAGACAAAACUGAUGGAGAGAGAACUGUAUUCAUCCUGCACCUGUUUUGAGCGAGUUAAAGUUGAGAUUGAGCUGGAAAAGGUUUCCUGUCAAUCUUCAGUGUGUGUGACUGAUGGGACCUCCACAGAAUGUCAGGAUUCAGUGUGGAGCGGCAGAGAUCAGUCCACACCACAGCAGCUGCUGGACAAACUCUCUGAACAGAGAUCCAGAGACACACAGGACUCACAGCUCACUUUACUCUGUUCUACUGAUGCUCAGGAGAGUGUGUGUGACAGUAAUCAGGGUGAUCAAACCUCCACAGAGUCUCUGACUUCUGUCUGUAACGCUGGAGAACAGCAGAUGCUGCAGACACCAGUGAAGAUUGAAGUGAUGCAAGAGGAGAUGAAAGAAAAUACAGCAGAGGAACAACAGAGUGAAGAUGAUGAUGAUGAUGAUUAUGAACAUCAGACGUUGCAGACAUCAGUGAAGAUGUGUUCAGUGAAGCUGCUGGACUGCAGGAAUUUGAUGAAGAUGAGAGUAGAAACCACAGCAGAGGAACAAGAGAGUGAUGAAGAUGAUGAUGAUUUUAUUCCCUCAGAGCUGAUGAACGAGCAAGAUGAACCUCUAGAGCUGAAUGAAGUGGAGGAGAAACUUCAGGAUCACAAACAUCAUGAUUUAAUACCUGGAGAAAAAUCUUUGAGUGACUCAAAGACUAAGAAGAAUUUCUCACCAAAAAAGCCCCAAAGAAGAGCAGCCAAAAACACUUUAACCUGCUCUCAGUGUGGAAAGAGUUUCACAUGUGAAAGCCAACUUAAUACACACAUGAGAAUUCACACAGGAGAGAGGCCUUACACGUGCCAUCAGUGUGGAAAAAGUUUUACACAAACACAAAAUCUCACACGUCAUCUUCGCCGUCACUCUGGAGAAAGACCAUUUGAAUGUGAUCAGUGCGGUAAAACAUUUCUUUUGGCAACAUACCUACAAAAACAUCUGAAAACGCAUACAAAUGAGAAGCCUUACAAAUGCUUUUUUUGUGGAAAACGUUUUUCAAGCCAGUCCUAUUGUAAAGAACACCAGAAAAUACAUACCGGUGCUGGGGUUCAUAUGUGCUUUGAAUGUGGGAAGAUCUUUAUUAGAGCCAGAGACUUGAAACAGCACCAAAGAAUUCAUACUGGAGAAAAACCUUACAAGUGCUCACUCUGUGGAAAGAGUUUCACUCAGUCAUGCAACCUGAAAACACACGAGAGAAUUCAUAUUGGAGAAAAACAUUACAAGUGUUCACACUGUGGCAAGAGUUUCGCUUGGUCACACAGACUGAAAACACACGAGAGAAUUCAUAUUGGAGAAAAACCUUACAAGUGCUCACACUGUGGAAAGAGUUUCACUCAGUCACACAGACUGAAAACACACGAGAGAAUUCAUAUUGGAGAAAAACCUUACAAGUGUUCACUCUGUGGAAAGAGUUUCACUCAGUCACACAGACUGAAAACACACGAGAGAAUUCAUAUUGGAGAAAAACCUUACAAGUGCUCACACUGUGGAAAGAGUUUCACUCAGUCACACAGCCUGAAAACACACGAGAGAAUUCAUAUUGGAGAAAAACCUUACAAGUGUUCACACUGUGGAAAGUGUUUCACUCAGUCACAACACCUGAAAACACAUGAGAGAAUUCAUAUUGGAGAGAAACCAUACAAGUGUUCACACUGUGGAAAGUGUUUCACUCAGUCACAACACCUGAAAACACAUGAGAGAAUUCAUAUUGGAGAGAAACCAUACAAGUGUUCACUCUGUGGAAAGAGUUUCACUCAGUCAUGCAGCCUGAAAUCACACGAGAGAAUUCAUACUGGAGAGAAACCAUAACACUGCUUUUGAUGUGGGAAAAGUUUCAUUGCAGCAAGUAAUCUAUAUACACAUGUAAAAAGAUUUUGCCCAAGUAGUCACAGUGAGAAGACAACAUCUUCAUGUCCAAUGAUAUCGAGUAAAUAGUUUGAAAUUCAGAUUAACCCAAAGAUUACAUUUCGUCCAUAAGAGCUGCAUCAUCUAAAGCACAUUCAGAUCGCCAGCCUGUUGUUGAUUCCCUGCAGAGGUGUGGCCCCCCGACAUAGGGGUAAUUCCAGCGGCUUUCUCUCUGCUCGACACUACACUGUGGUUCUGUGUUUGUCCUAUGUUGUUUUAUGUAGCACCAUGGUCCUGGAGGAACGUUGUCUCGUUUCGCUGUGUACUGUACUAACUGUAUAUGGUUGAAUGACAAUAAAAUCCACUUGA